AUGGAGGAGUCAUCGUCAUCAUCAUUAGCAACAAUGUUAAAAUUGACUGCAUCCAAUUACUCCAUUUGGAAGCCAAGAAUGGAGGACAUCCUUUACUGCAAGGAUUUGUAUGAGCCCUUUCAAUUGCUGGGACAAAAACCAGAAGGGAAGUCAGACGAUGCAUGGAGCAUUCUGAAUAGAAAAGCUAUCGGACAAAUCCGACAAUGGGUGGAUCAAAGUGUGUUCCACCAUGUGGCACAAGAGACAGAUGCAUACAAAUUAUGUACAAAAUUUUCAUCCAUGUACGAGCAGAAGACCACUCAAAAUAAAGCUUCGGUUAUCCAACGGUUGUUAAACCUUAAGUAUAGAGAUGGUCGAAGUGUUACCGAGCAUCUCAGUGACUUCCAAGUUAAAGAUAGCAUGUUCAACGAAGAAGCAAGGAGGAAAGAACAAGGUGUAGUAGCCGAGUCAAAAGCCCUCAUCUCAAAGUACCGUGGAAGAACUAACAAUAGAAAAUUCCACAAGCGAGACAAGUCAAAGAGCAAGUCAAGAGAUGGCUCAAGAGGAAGGUCCAAGACAAGAAAGGAUCUAGAAUGUUACCAUUGUGACGGGAUAGGCCAUAUGAAGAGAGAGUGCAGGUUGUUUAAACGAGAGCAAGAUAGAGGUAACGAAAAAAGUGAUGCCAGGCACACGACCGCAACUACCUCUGGUGGAAAUGAGGAUGUGAGACAUGUUCUAGACAUGCGUCUCAAUCUAAUCUACACUGGUUUACUUGACGAUGAAGGAUACACCAAUGUCUUUGCUGAAGGGAAAUGGAAACUCAGCAAGAACUCUCUUGUCCUAGCACGAGGGAAGAAGGAGAACACCCUAUACAUGACACAUGCAAAAGUCAGUAAUGGGUACGUAAAUGCUCUCGCAAAAGACUCAAUUGAGCUAUGGCAUAAACGGCUCAGUCACAUGAGCGAGAAAGGGCUGCAAAUUCUAGCCAAAAGAGAGGCACUAAUUGGGAUGAAGAAAGGCAUGCCUCUAAAAUCAUGCACGCAUUACUUGGCUGGAAAGCAGCAUAGAGCUCAAUUUUUCAAGCAGUUUCAUGCUAGCGUUGAACGAGAGACUGGUAGAAGCUUGAAAUGUAUUUGCACCGAUAACAGAGGAGAAUAUAUGGGGGCAUUUAGAAACCACUGUAAAAUUAAUGGAAUCAGGCAUAAACGAUAUGUUCCGAAGACUCCUCAGCAUAAUGGCAUAGCUGAUAGAAUGAACAGAACAAUUGUUGAAAGAAUAAGAACAAUGUUAUCUCAUGCCAAGCUGCCCAAAAGUUUUUGGGGUGAAGCCCUGAUAACUGUGGUUGAUCUAAUCAACCUUUCUCCUUCAGCACCUUUGAAUGGUGAUGUCCCAAACAAAGUUUUUGUUCAUAUUCCUAAAGACGAGAUAUCCAAGCUCGACGCAAAGUCGAAAGAAUGUAUCUUCGUGGGAUAUGGGAAUGAAGAAUUCAAUCAGAACAUUGAAGACAUUCGAAGAGGUGAUAAACCUGAUAAUCCUAAAGAAUAUCCAGCUAACUUGGAUCCAGUUCCUCCUCCAUUGGAGCACAAUGAUGGGCGAUAUGAAUCCAAUGAUACUGAUGAUCCAACUAGUGAUCCUAUUAUAAAUGAACCAAUUGAUGAUGACAUGAGUGAUGAUCAUACAACUGAUGGUAUAGUAGAUGAUGUAGCUGAUGAGGGGCUAGAAGCACAAGCCCAAGAAGAGCCAACGGCCGAAUUCCAACCAAGAAGAUCGACCACGGUAUGGAGACCUCCGAGUAGGUAUUCUCCAAAUGAUUACGUUCUCCUAACAGACGGGGGAGAACCAGAAUGA